AUGGGAGAUUAUCAGGCUCAGGCUAUUCAGGAGAAAAGGCCAGAUGCUUCAAGACAUUUCAGACCAAAAUUCUCUGACUUUCCUUACUACAUUGGUGAGAGUCAACAUGUAUCUGCUGAAAGUACUGGAAAUCUAAACUACUUAUAUCGUGCUGCACCUUAUGGUUCAUAUCAGGUACCCAAGCAACAUUACGUGGGAGAGAUUGGCUGGGGAUGGUGUUUAGGCCCGAAAUUAAACAAAUCCAAUCUCUUAAGUGGCAUGCAAUUCAAGCAAGGAGAGUUCCGACAGAAGGCUGCAGACAAAUUAACUCAUCGUUAUCAAAAUCCAUGGCAACCACCUCCAGCUGUUCUUGAUCGGCAAAGUCUUGGCAGAGCUUUUCUGGCCUGGCCCCUUAAAAAAUUUAGAGAGCCCAGAGAAUGCAUACGCUCUAAAAAAACUGCAGUGAGCCCAUUGUGCGAGAGUGGAAUGGAUACUCUUUGUGGAACUCAAGAUGGUGAGAAACAAGACAUCUGUGAAAAAAAAGACAAAGAUCCACUUGACCUUGAAGAACAAGGACUAGUCUUUGAUGAUAUUUAAUUCAGGAUUUCCCAUUAUUUCUCAACACAUUAUUUUUUCUACAAACAUAACUGGAAAUCCAGCUGAGUUCUAGGUUCCACAAGAUUAAUGAUUCAGUUUUGACUCAAGUGCAAGUUAGUUUAUGGAUAUUUUGAAUUGGCUUGAUUUGAAGUCAUGUAUUGGUAUUUAGAAAUUUUGUUUGAAGCAAAUUUGUAUUUCAAAUUCCACUAGAAAAUUAUCAGAGGUUUAGUCAUUUCUGGCAAAAACAAUAAAGCAAGGUUUAUGAAAUCUUCAGUUACAGAAUAUUCUUUCUUUUAAUCCAUU